UCGAUUCAUCAAACAUUACUACGUCGGCAAUAUUGCAAUGUUGGAUUUUGCUAUUUUUGCCGUCACAUUUGUUGGAGGACUUAUAGCAGUUGUAAUUUAUCUCUACCCCGGAUCAUCCAAGCCAAGUUCAAUCCCUGGUCCAGAUCCCACUACUAAAGAAGAUGGUAAUUUAGCAGACAUUAAGAGGGCUGGGAGUCUUCAUGAAUUUCUAUUGGAUAUUCACAAGCAGUAUGGGCCUAUUGCAUCAUUUUGGAUGGGACAGCAGUUUGUGGCAAGUGUUGCCUCAGCUGAUCUAUUUAAAGAACACCAGAACGUAUUUGACAGACCUCCUGAGUUAUUCAAGCUGUUUGAAAUUCUGAUUGGACCAAAAAGUAUUCAGUAUGCAAAUAAGCAAGAUGGUAGGACAAGGAGAAAGAAUUAUGACGAGGCAUUGACUCAUGAUGCUAUUAAAAAGUACUAUGAAACAUUUCAAAUUAUAGCCAAUGACCUAUCCAAGAAAUUCUCAUCACUUGUGAAGGAAGAACACAUAGCGCUCAGUCAGUACAUGAGUGCAUAUGCACUUAAAGUUGCGUUGUUGACUUUAAUGGGUGACACCUUCAAGGAUGACAAAGAAGUUUUAGAAUUCAGGAGAUUGUAUGAUAUUGCUUGGUUUGAAACAGAAAAACAAUUAACAGAUGUACCAGAACCUGACAGUCAACGCAUGAAAACUUUUAAGGAUGCAAAAGACAAGCUGUAUAAAAUAAUAAAAAGAACAUUGGAACACAGGAAGAAAAAUCCAGCCAAGAAGGGAGAAUUACUUUUGAUUGACAUCCUUAUAGAAAAUUGCCAGGAUGAAGAAACUUUACUCGCAGACACUUUUACUUUUGUUAUUGGUGGAUUUCAUACUACAGGAAAUUUACUGACCUGGUGUUUUUACUUCCUUGCCACACAUCAGGAUAUCCAAGAUAAAGUUCAGAAAGAAAUUAAGAGUGUCCUCGGAAGUGAUGAUGUUGAUCACACUAAUAUCAAUGAUUUAGUGUAUUUACGACAAGUUAUAGAUGAGACGCUAAGAUGUGCAGUCAUUGCCCCAUGGGGAGCUAGAUUCCAGGAUUUUGAUUCUGAAUUAGGAGGACACAAAAUACCUAAAAAUACUCCUGUAAUCCAUGCUCUUGGUGUGACACAGCAAGAUGAAGCCAUAUGGCCAGUACCGAACAGAUUUGAUCCUGAUAGAUUUAGUGAAGAGAACAGUAAGAAGAGACAAAGUUUAGCUUUCCAACCUUUUGGAUUUGCUGGGAAAAGGAUUUGUCCUGGAUAUAGAUUUGCUUAUGCUGAAGCUACUGUUUGCUUUGUGACCUUACUAAGAAAGUUCAAGUUUAAUAUGGUUGAGGGUCAAGUAAUUACUCCUGUUCAUGGUCUUGUAACACAUCCUAGUGAAGAAGUGUGGAUAACCAUUGACAAAAGAUAAAAAAUUAUUUACAUUUGUAGAAAAACUUCUUGCAAGUUGUUUAGGAUUAUGAUCGUAAAUAUUAUUGUUCAAUCAAGCUUUUGCAUAGUUUUCUUAUCCACUAUGAGAAGAUUUGCCACACAAGGCUUUUUGCUGUAGGAAUAUAUGUGGCAAGGAAAGUAUAGAUUAUUAAUUUGCCACACAUUUUUAUAUCACCAAACUGUUGAAAUAUUUUUGGCAUGGGCCAAAUAGGUUUUUAUUAUAUUUUAUUUUGAGCACUUUUUAGCAACUUAUUUCUGAUAUGGAAAUGCAGGAAAAAAAAAAAUUUCCACUAUCAUAAUGCUAUCUCUCUAUCUAUAUGGUGCUUAGAAAACUUAAGUUCAUGCCUAAAUUAUGAUAUCUUAAAAAUAUUUGAUUUAUAAUACAUUUUUCAAGUUGUAUUGUAAUGUGUGAGAUCUUGAGGUCAGGUGUUGAUGUUUCAACAGAUUUAUUUUUUUUUUAUCUGGCUGAAGGAAAGAUUUCAGUGUAAGUGCAAUAAUACAGUUCUAACAAGUCAAACUCCAUUGAUAAGUAGGAUUAUUACUGUGACACAUAUCUUAUGACAGUCAACCAGAUCAUGCUAACAUCUAUAAAACUUGAAAGAGAUGACUUCAAAUUAGGAUUAAGAUUUGUUACAUCGCUUUCUUGAAAGCAGCAAUCUUCUAUCAUGUUAAUACUGCCCUUGAAUAUUGUAAUGCUAUUCAGUAUUUUGAGGUAGUUCAUUUAGUUUCUGUAUUGGGUUAUUUUGGCCAUUUUCAGUCAGGUUAAACUGUUUUCUGUUAUAAUCCAAUCAUUUUAUUUUCUCAAUACAAAAGUUUUGAACUGAUUGUGAAAUUAAAGAAGGCAUUAACAAUUUUGUUUUUGUUAUGUUCAUACAAAACUAACAAUAAUUCUCUAAAAUUCUGGUUCAUCUUGUUUGAUAUUCUGUACCUAAUUUGUUUUUUAAUGUUUUAAAUCAUGAGCAAGAUUUGCUGAUAGCUCAGCCAUUAUAAAAUCUGAUAUACAAUGCACGUAGUAUAUAAACAUAUUGUUGUGGUAAUUGACAAAACAUUCAGCUAAAGAUAAACAAUAUGUAUAUUAAUUUAAUAAUACAUUAUAAAAUCUGAUGUACAAUGCACGUAGUAUAUAAACAUAUUGUUGUGGUAAUUGACAAAACAUUCAGCUUAAUCUAAACAAUAUGUAUAUUAAUUAUAUAUGCACAUGUACAAUAUGGAAAUAUUUCUUUUUAUGAACAUUUAAUUAGAUACUGCAUACAAAUCUCCACAAAUGCAUUUUUACAAGUCAGAAUUGAUAAGAAUUUCAAUGUAUACAAAUGGUAACACAAAUAGUGAUUGCCUUAUUUUGCAAUAAAAUAUUAGUAGAUCACAAA